UUAAUGUUUUUAACCGUCUGCUAAACAUCGUGAUUGAGAUUUUGAGAAUCGGGACUUUGUUAAAGCUUAAAAAUGAAUGACGAAGAAACUGACAAAGAAUUAGAAAACUUUUGGGGUUUACUGAAAGAAAACCAAGUUAUUGUCCCACUUAAUCUGAAACACAUUCUAUCCACGAACAAUCUAGUCGGCAUUCGAGUUAUGGCCGAAAUCAAUGACGAAGUAAUUAAAGAACUUGAAAGCUCCGUAAGAGAAAUGGGAAAUGUUGACAUUGCAAGCAAAAUGAGUGAAGAAGACAAAGUAAAACUCUUUGGCCCAAUUUAUAAAUUAUGUCCUGACAAAUUUAAGUUUUCUAUUGGUGACAAAAUGGUCUUACGUGUUAUACAGAAAGUGAGUAAAGAACUUGAGGCUAGUUUCAAAGUUGUGACAAAGAUUAAAGACCCUGCUCCUACUAUAAAAGAUCGUACAAUGCCAACCAAAGAUUUGGCACACACAGAAGGGCAGCAGCAUACAUCAUCCGUGGCAAACAGUAGGCCUAAACCUUCAAAUGAAGAAAUCAGAGCACUAGAAGGGAGACUAGAAGACUGCAUUUUACGUUGGGGGAAAAGAAAGAACAUGGAGUGUGAAAAUCAGUUCAGAGUGGCUGGAAAUACUGUUACGUGCAAAUUUAAAACAUCUGCUUCCACCUUCUGCAACAAGACCUACAAGUUACAGCAAAGUAAGGAAGGAUCCUCCUGGCAAAUCUCAAACUUCACUAACCACAUAAAUGCUGAACACAACAAAACCAAGAAAGUUUCCACAGCGAGUCCAACAACAAAUCAAAACCAGGAAGAAUCAACUGCUAUUUCUACACCCAACAGUGGAAAUGAAGUUUCACGAAAAAGGAAAUCUACUACUUCAGUUAUUGAUCUUGCUGCUGGGGACGAAACAAAUGAUAGUAACGGUGACGAUGGAAGUGGAUAUCACAGCCCAUCAGAAAUUUCUUCACCAUCAAAUGAUAAUGGUAACUUUGAUUUUGAAAAAGGAAAGUCGACUGCACACAAACAUCGAAGCAAAAGAUCCAACGAGACUUCUAUGUUGCCAUCGUCGUUGAAUGAAGAAGAUAAUAGUAAGAGUAUGUGAGACAAACAGACUGGAGAUGCCGUAUUGCCGCACAGCAACUCCCGUCAUAAAUCAUCUUUAAUCAAUUGGAAUAGUAGACUCGAUAGACGGCAACUCAAAUUAAGAAAAAGUUCUUCACAGCCCCAACAAAGUCGCAUUUCUGACUAUUUUGAAUUCGUUAACAAACUUGACGCGGAAAUUUGCCUCCGCAAGGAAAACGAAUUUCUUCGUUCAAAAAUUCA